UGGGAGCCCGCCUUCCCUCCCGCCCGGCUUAGAGGACAGCGGGGAAGGCGGGUGGUGGGGUCGGGGUCCUGAAGCGGUGGUACCGGCGCUGGCGGCGGCAGCUGAGGCCUUGGCCGAAGCCGCGCGGAUCCCCAGCCUGACGUGGAUAGGGUGAAGAUCUGUGUUGAGGAGCUGGGGCCAUAAAUGAGUUCAUCGCCAUGGUUUGUUAUUCAGAAUAUUAAAGGAAGCUUCUCUCCGAAGAACCUCAGGGCAAGAUGCUUGGAACCGGCCCUGCCGCCGCUGCCGCAGCUACCACGGCAUCCAGCAAUGUGAGCGUCCUGCAGCAGUUUGCCAGCGGCCUGAAGAGCCGGAAUGAGGAGACCAGGGCCAAAGCCGCCAAGGAGCUCCAGCACUAUGUCACCAUGGAGCUCCGAGAGAUGAGUCAAGAAGAGUCUACUCGCUUCUAUGAUCAGCUGAACCAUCACAUUUUUGAACUGGUUUCCAGCUCAGAUGCCAAUGAGAGGAAAGGUGGCAUCUUGGCCAUAGCCAGCCUCAUAGGAGUGGAAGGUGGGAACGCCACCCGAAUCGGAAGAUUUGCUAACUACCUUCGGAACCUCCUCCCCUCCAAUGACCCAGUUGUCAUGGAAAUGGCAUCCAAGGCCAUCGGUCGCCUCGCCAUGGCAGGGGACACUUUUACCGCGGAGUAUGUGGAGUUUGAGGUGAAGCGAGCCUUGGAAUGGCUGGGUGCUGACCGCAACGAGGGCCGGAGACAUGCGGCUGUCCUGGUUCUUCGUGAGCUGGCCAUCAGCGUUCCCACCUUCUUCUUCCAGCAAGUGCAGCCCUUCUUUGACAAUAUUUUUGUGGCCGUGUGGGACCCCAAACAGGCCAUCCGUGAGGGAGCUGUUGCCGCCCUUCGUGCCUGUCUGAUCCUCACCACCCAGCGGGAGCCGAAGGAGAUGCAGAAGCCACAGUGGUACAGGCACACGUUUGAGGAAGCAGAGAAAGGGUUUGACGAGACCUUGGCCAAGGAGAAGGGCAUGAAUCGCGAUGAUCGGAUCCACGGAGCCUUACUAAUCCUCAACGAGCUGGUUCGCAUCAGCAGCAUGGAGGGGGAGCGCCUGAGAGAAGAAAUGGAAGAAAUCACACAGCAGCAGUUGGUACAUGACAAGUACUGCAAGGAUCUCAUGGGCUUCGGAACGAAACCUCGUCACAUCACCCCCUUCACCAGUUUCCAGGCCAUGCAACCCCAGCAGUCAAACGCCUUGGUGGGACUGCUGGGGUACAGCUCUCACCAAGGCCUUAUGGGCUUCGGGGCUUCCCCCAGCCCAGCGAAGUCCACCCUGGUGGAGAGUCGCUGCUGCAGAGACUUGAUGGAGGAGAAAUUUGAUCAGGUGUGCCAGUGGGUGCUGAAGUGCAGGAAUAGCAAGAACUCGCUGAUCCAAAUGACAAUCCUGAAUUUGUUGCCCCGCUUGGCUGCCUUCCGACCUUCUGCCUUCACAGAUACCCAGUACCUCCAAGAUACCAUGAACCAUGUCCUAAGCUGUGUCAAGAAGGAGAAGGAACGGACAGCAGCCUUCCAAGCCCUGGGGCUACUUUCUGUGGCUGUGAGGUCUGAGUUUAAGGUCUAUUUACCUCGUGUGCUGGACAUCAUCCGAGCAGCCCUGCCUCCUAAGGACUUUGCCCAUAAGAGACAGAAGGCAAUGCAGGUGGAUGCCACAGUGUUCACCUGCAUCAGCAUGCUGGCCCGAGCGAUGGGGCCGGGCAUCCAGCAGGACAUCAAGGAGCUGCUGGAGCCCAUGCUGGCGGUGGGACUGAGCCCUGCCCUCACAGCUGUGCUCUACGACCUGAGCCGUCAGAUUCCACAGCUGAAAAAGGACAUCCAAGAUGGACUCCUGAAGAUGCUGUCCCUGGUCCUUAUGCACAAACCCCUCCGGCACCCAGGCAUGCCCAAGGGCCUGGCCCAUCAGCUGGCUUCCCCUGGCCUCACGACCCUCCCUGAGGCCAGCGAUGUGGGCAGCAUUACCCUUGCCCUCCGAACUCUUGGCAGUUUUGAAUUUGAAGGCCACUCUCUGACCCAGUUUGUCCGCCACUGUGCGGAUCACUUCCUGAACAGCGAGCACAAGGAGAUCCGCAUGGAAGCCGCCCGCACCUGCUCCCGCCUGCUUACGCCUUCCGUCCACCUCAUCAGUGGCCACGCUCACGUGGUUAGCCAGACCGCAGUGCAAGUGGUGGCGGAUGUGCUCAGCAAACUGCUCGUGGUUGGGAUAACAGAUCCUGACCCCGACAUCCGCUACUGUGUCUUGGCAUCCCUGGAUGAGCGCUUUGACGCACACCUGGCCCAGGCAGAGAAUCUGCAGGCCCUGUUUGUGGCCCUGAAUGACCAGGUGUUUGAGAUCCGGGAGCUGGCCAUCUGCACCGUGGGCCGGCUCAGCAGCAUGAACCCAGCCUUCGUCAUGCCCUUCCUGCGCAAGAUGCUCAUCCAGAUUUUGACAGAGCUGGAGCACAGUGGCAUUGGAAGAAUCAAGGAACAGAGUGCCCGCAUGCUGGGGCACCUGGUCUCCAAUGCCCCCCGACUCAUCCGCCCCUACAUGGAGCCUAUUCUGAAGGCUUUAAUUUUGAAACUGAAAGAUCCAGACCCUGAUCCAAACCCAGGUGUGAUCAAUAAUGUCUUGGCUACAAUAGGAGAGUUGGCUCAGGUUAGUGGCCUAGAAAUGAGGAAAUGGGUUGAUGAACUUUUUAUUAUCAUCAUGGACAUGCUCCAGGACUCCUCUCUGUUGGCCAAAAGGCAGGUGGCUCUGUGGACCCUGGGACAGUUGGUGGCCAGCACUGGCUACGUGGUGGAGCCCUACAGGAAGUACCCCACAUUGCUUGAGGUGCUGCUGAAUUUCCUGAAGACUGAGCAGAACCAGGGUACACGGCGAGAGGCUAUCCGUGUGUUAGGGCUCUUGGGGGCCUUGGAUCCCUACAAGCACAAAGUGAACAUUGGCAUGAUCGACCAGUCCCGGGAUGCUUCUGCUGUCAGCCUGUCAGAAUCCAAGUCAAGUCAGGAUUCCUCUGACUACAGCACCAGUGAGAUGCUGGUCAACAUGGGAAACCUGCCUCUGGACGAGUUCUACCCAGCCGUGUCCAUGGUGGCCCUGAUGCGCAUCUUCCGAGACCAGUCCCUCUCUCACCAUCACACCAUGGUCGUCCAGGCCAUCACCUUCAUCUUCAAGUCCCUGGGGCUCAAGUGUGUGCAGUUCCUGCCCCAGGUCAUGCCCACAUUCCUGAAUGUCAUUCGGGUUUGUGACGGAGCCAUCCGGGAAUUUCUGUUCCAGCAGCUGGGAAUGUUGGUGUCCUUUGUGAAGAGCCACAUCAGGCCUUACAUGGAUGAAAUAGUCACACUCAUGAGAGAAUUCUGGGUCAUGAACACCUCCAUCCAGAGCACGAUCAUUCUUCUCAUUGAGCAGAUUGUGGUAGCUCUUGGGGGUGAAUUUAAGCUCUACCUGCCCCAGCUGAUCCCACACAUGCUACGAGUCUUCAUGCAUGACAAUAGCCCAGGCCGCAUCGUCUCCAUCAAGUUGCUUGCUGCAAUCCAGCUGUUUGGCGCCAACCUGGAUGACUAUCUGCAUUUGUUGUUGCCCCCUAUCGUGAAGUUGUUUGAUGCCCCUGAAGUUCCAUUGCCAUCUCGAAAGGCAGCGUUAGAGACAGUGGACCGCCUGACGGAGUCCCUGGAUUUCACUGACUAUGCCUCUCGGAUCAUUCACCCGAUUGUGCGAACGCUGGACCAGAGCCCAGAACUCCGUCCCACAGCCAUGGACACGUUGUCCUCACUCGUUUUUCAGCUGGGGAAGAAGUACCAAAUUUUCAUUCCAAUGGUAAAUAAAGUUCUGGUGCGACACCGAAUCAACCAUCAGCGCUACGAUGUCCUCAUCUGCAGGAUUGUCAAGGGAUACACCCUUGCUGAUGAAGAAGAGGACCCUUUGAUUUACCAGCAUCGAAUGCUGCGGAGUGGCCAAGGGGAUGCCUUGGCUAGCGGACCAGUGGAAACGGGACCCAUGAAGAAACUGCACGUCAGCACCAUCAACCUCCAAAAGGCCUGGGGAGCUGCCAGAAGGGUCUCCAAAGAUGACUGGUUGGAAUGGCUGAGGCGGCUGAGCCUGGAGCUGCUGAAGGACUCCUCAUCACCCUCCCUGCGCUCCUGCUGGGCCCUGGCACAGGCCUACAACCCGAUGGCCAGGGAUCUCUUUAACGCUGCGUUUGUGUCCUGCUGGUCUGAGCUGAAUGAAGACCAGCAGGAUGAGCUCAUCAGAAGCAUCGAGCUGGCCCUCACCUCCCAGGACAUCGCUGAAGUCACACAAACCCUCUUAAACUUGGCUGAAUUCAUGGAACACAGUGACAAGGGCCCCCUGCCAUUGAGAGAUGACAAUGGCAUUGUUCUGCUGGGUGAGAGGGCUGCCAAGUGCCGAGCAUAUGCCAAAGCGCUACACUACAAAGAACUGGAGUUCCAGAAAGGUCCCACCCCUGCCAUCCUAGAAUCUCUCAUCAGAAAAAUCCUGUGGAAAAGAAGCUGCUGCUAUGUCAGGGAUCACAGGCAGACAGCCCACUCAGGCCAGCCCCCUGAGAACAUUAAUAAUAAGCUACAGCAGCCAGAGGCAGCUGCCGGGGUAUUAGAAUAUGCCAUGAAACACUUCGGAGAGCUGGAGAUCCAGGCUACCUGGUAUGAGAAACUGCAUGAGUGGGAGGAUGCUCUUGUGGCCUAUGAUAAGAAAAUGGACACCAACAAGGAUGACCCGGAGCUGAUGCUGGGCCGCAUGCGCUGCCUCGAGGCCCUGGGGGAAUGGGGGCAGCUCCACCAGCAGUGCUGUGAAAAGUGGACCCUGGUUAAUGAUGAGACCCAAGCCAAGAUGGCCCGGAUGGCUGCUGCAGCCGCAUGGGGUUUAGGUCAGUGGGACAGCAUGGAGGAGUACACCUGCAUGAUCCCUCGGGAUACCCACGACGGGGCAUUUUACAGAGCCGUGCUGGCACUGCAUCAGGACCUCUUCUCCUUGGCGCAGCAGUGCAUCGACAAAGCCCGGGACCUGCUGGACGCCGAGUUAACUGCGAUGGCAGGAGAGAGCUACAGCCGGGCGUAUGGGGCCAUGGUUUCUUGCCACAUGCUCUCCGAGCUGGAGGAGGUCAUCCAGUACAAACUUGUCCCCGAGCGCCGGGAGAUCAUCCGCCAGAUCUGGUGGGAGAGACUGCAGGGCUGCCAGCGUAUUGUGGAGGACUGGCAGAAAAUCCUCAUGGUGCGGUCGCUAGUGGUCAGCCCUCACGAGGACAUGAGGACCUGGCUCAAGUAUGCAAGCCUGUGUGGCAAGAGUGGCAGGCUGGCUCUUGCUCAUAAAACCUUAGUGCUGCUCCUGGGAGUUGAUCCGUCUCGGCAACUUGACCACCCUCUGCCAACAGUUCACCCCCAGGUGACCUACGCCUACAUGAAAAAUAUGUGGAAGAGCGCUCGCAAGAUCGAUGCCUUCCAGCACAUGCAGCACUUUGUUCAAACCAUGCAGCAGCAAGCCCAGCACGCCAUCGCCAGCGAGGACCAGCAGCACAAGCAGGAGCUGCACAAGCUUAUGGCCCGCUGUUUCCUGAAACUCGGGGAGUGGCAGCUGAACCUGCAGGGCAUCAACGAGAGCACGAUCCCCAAAGUCCUGCAAUAUUAUAGCGCCGCCACGGAGCACGACCGCAGCUGGUACAAGGCCUGGCACGCGUGGGCUGUGAUGAACUUCGAGGCUGUGCUCCACUACAAACAUCAGAACCAAGCCCGCGAUGAGAAGAAGAAACUGCGUCACGCCAGCGGGGCCAACAUCACCAACGUGGCCACUGCCGCCACCACGGCGGCCACGGCCACUGCCACCAGCACCGAGGGUAGUAACAGCGAGAGCGAGGCUGAGAGCGCUGAGAACAGCCCUACCCCAUCUCCUCUGCAGAAGAAGGUCACUGAGGAUUUGUCCAAAACCCUCUUGAUGUACACCGUCCCUGCUGUCCAGGGCUUCUUCCGAUCCAUCUCUUUGUCACGAGGCAACAACCUCCAGGACACGCUCAGAGUCCUCACCUUAUGGUUUGAUUAUGGUCACUGGCCAGAUGUAAACGAAGCCUUAGUGGAAGGGGUGAAAGCGAUCCAGAUUGACACUUGGUUACAGGUCAUACCUCAGCUCAUUGCGAGAAUUGAUACGCCGAGGCCCUUGGUGGGACGUCUCAUUCACCAGCUUCUCACAGACAUUGGUCGGUACCACCCCCAGGCCCUCAUCUACCCGCUGACGGUGGCUUCUAAGUCUACCACCACGGCCCGUCACAAUGCGGCCAACAAGAUUCUGAAGAACAUGUGCGAGCACAGUAACACCUUGGUGCAACAGGCCAUGAUGGUGAGUGAGGAGCUGAUCCGAGUGGCCAUUCUGUGGCAUGAGAUGUGGCACGAAGGCCUGGAAGAGGCUUCUCGCUUGUACUUUGGGGAGAGGAACGUGAAAGGCAUGUUCGAGGUGCUGGAGCCCCUGCAUGCUAUGAUGGAGCGGGGACCGCAGACUCUGAAGGAAACAUCCUUUAACCAGGCGUAUGGUCGAGAUUUAAUGGAGGCCCAGGAGUGGUGCAGGAAGUACAUGAAAUCAGGGAAUGUCAAGGACCUCACCCAAGCCUGGGACCUCUAUUACCACGUGUUCAGACGAAUCUCAAAGCAGCUGCCUCAGCUCACAUCCCUAGAGCUGCAAUACGUGUCCCCAAAGCUUCUGAUGUGCCGGGACCUGGAAUUGGCUGUGCCGGGAACGUACGACCCCAACCAGCCGGUCGUUCGCAUUCAGUCCAUUGCACCGUCUCUACAAGUCAUCACAUCCAAGCAGAGGCCCCGGAAGCUGACGCUUAUGGGCAGCAACGGGCACGAGUUUGUCUUCCUCCUGAAGGGCCAUGAAGAUCUGCGGCAGGACGAGCGAGUGAUGCAGCUCUUCGGCCUGGUCAACACCCUUCUGGCCAAUGACCCAACAUCUCUUCGGAAAAACCUCAGCAUCCAGAGAUAUGCUGUCAUUCCCUUAUCAACCAAUUCGGGCCUCAUCGGCUGGGUCCCCCACUGUGACACGCUGCACGCCCUCAUCCGGGACUACAGGGAGAAAAAGAAGAUCCUUCUCAACAUCGAGCAUCGCAUCAUGCUGCGAAUGGCUCCGGACUACGACCACCUGACUCUGAUGCAGAAGGUUGAGGUGUUCGAGCACGCCGUCAACAACACGGCUGGGGACGACCUGGCCAAGCUGCUGUGGCUGAAGAGCCCCAGCUCCGAGGUGUGGUUUGAUCGAAGAACCAAUUACACCCGCUCUUUAGCGGUCAUGUCCAUGGUUGGGUAUAUUUUGGGCCUGGGUGAUAGACACCCAUCCAACCUGAUGCUGGACCGGCUGAGCGGGAAGAUCCUGCACAUUGACUUUGGGGACUGCUUUGAGGUUGCUAUGACCAGAGAGAAAUUCCCAGAGAAGAUUCCAUUUAGACUAACAAGAAUGUUGACCAAUGCUAUGGAGGUCACGGGCCUGGAUGGCAACUACAGAAUCACAUGCCACACGGUGAUGGAAGUGCUUCGGGAGCACAAGGACAGCGUCAUGGCCGUGCUGGAAGCCUUCGUCUAUGACCCCUUGCUGAACUGGAGGCUGAUGGACACAAAUACCAAAGGCAACAAGCGAUCACGAACGAGGACAGAUUCCUACUCUGCUGGCCAGUCAGUAGAAAUUUUGGAUGGUGUGGAACUUGGGGAACCAGCCCAUAAGAAAACGGGGACCACAGUGCCAGAAUCUAUUCAUUCUUUCAUUGGAGACGGUUUGGUGAAACCAGAGGCCCUAAAUAAGAAAGCUAUUCAAAUUAUUAACAGAGUUCGAGAUAAGCUCACUGGUCGGGACUUCUCUCACGAUGAAACGCUGGAUGUCCCAACACAAGUUGAGCUGCUCAUCAAACAGGCAACAUCCCAUGAAAACCUCUGCCAGUGCUACAUCGGCUGGUGUCCUUUCUGGUAACUGGAGGCCCAGACAUGCCCACAGCAUUUCUCUUGAGGCUUUUGUACUUUGGUAUAUGCUUCCACUAAACUGAAGCCAUGGUCAGAAAGUUCAGCUCUGUUAAAUAUUUUGAAAUGUAAAUGAAAAGAACUACUGUAUAUUAAAAGUUGGUUUGAACCAACUUUCUAGCUGCUGUUGAAUAUAUUGAAGAAUAUAUUGUCAGAAACACAAGGCUUGAUUUGGUUCCCAGGACAGUAAACGCAGUAAUACUACAGAAAUCAAGCCAUUGAUUUUGGGGAACAGAAGAUUUCAUAACUUUAGAAAUACGGGUUUUGACUUAACUCACAGAAGAACUCAUAAGCGUUUGCUGACAGGAGAAUGGCCUAGUCGAUCCUCUCAACAUGGACACAGCAAACUCAGCACAGUCAUGAAGCCUCAGGUCCUGGAGGACACGGAUUAGGGUUCUGAACUGUAAGGAAGGAGGAGAAGCUGACUUUGUCACCUGCGCCCAUCUCAUUACCUCACUGGUCCGUGGACGGCAGCAACAACCUUUGCAAGAUGGGCCGAAAUGGGUGGGAAAGGUCUGUCUCCUGCCUCGCCCGUGAUGCUGCACCGUACACACUUCAAGACCGGAGCCACUCGCAGGGGAGUUUCUUCAGAUCGCCGGGCGGCCUCGGCUGAGCAGGUACACGGAGCGGAGCACAGAGCAGUAGCAGGCCCACACUGGCCUCCCCCAGCAUGGUUCUGGGAUGUUUUCCGUGAGGUCUGAACGCUCUGUGUUUAGAGCAAGGCCUUGGAAUACAGGAAUGCUGUCACGGAGGUGCUGACACAGAGAGGGAAGGUCUAGUACAUGUUGGGAAUUAGGAGCAAAAGAAAUAUUAAACUAAAUGCACAAAAUAUAAAGUGUAGCCAUGUCUAGACACCAUGUUGUAUCUGAAUAAUUUUUGUGCCAAUAAAUGACAUCAGAAUUU